CCUCUCUCUCUAUUUAUGGAGAAACCUUCCAUUGCUUCUGUAUCUCCAAUCUUCAUGGCUUCUUUCUCCACUUCCAAAUACCCCUCUAUUUCAUGCAAGUACGACGUAGUUCGGAAAGUUCCAUAUUGCAGCAAGAAUGUGUCUUCAAUUCAGCUUCAACAUCGUUUUAGUUAUUCGCCUAGAGUUUCAUUUUCUUCAUUUGGUAUACAAGCUCAGGUGGCUACUACUGAACAAGUAAACAUUGAUGCAACAAAAACAGUGGAAGCUCCUGUCGUUAUUGUGACCGGAGCUUCUAGAGGCAUUGGUAAAGCAAUUGCUCUAGCUUUAGGCAAAGCUGGUUGUAAGGUUCUGGUUAAUUAUGUGAAGUCAUCUAAGGAAGCAGAAGUAGUUUGUAGACAGAUUGAGGGAAUGGGUGGUCAAGCACUUGCAUUCAGGGGAGAUGUUUCAAAAGAACCAGAAGUUGCAUCUAUGAUCGAAACUGCAGUUAAUGCUUGGGGGACUGUUGAUGUAUUGAUCAACAAUGCAGGGAUUGUAAGGGAUACUUUGUUGAUGAAGAUGAAGACAUCUCAAUGGAAGGAGGUUAUCGAUUUGAAUCUCACUGGCGUAUUCCUAUGUACACAGGAAGCUGCCAAGAUUAUGAUGGAGAAGAAAAAGGGAAGAAUAAUCAAUAUAACAUCUGUUGUCGGUCUGGUUGGCAAUGUCGGGCAAGCCAACUAUAGUGCUGCAAAGGCCGGAGUAAUUGGAUUUACUAAAUCCGCAGCAAAAGAAUACUCGACCAGAGGCAUAAAUGUGAAUGCUAUUGCCCCCGGAUUCAUCGUAUCUGAAUUGACUGUGAACCUCAGGGAAGACAUCAAGCAAGCUUACAUGGAAAAAAUCCCCUUGGGAAGGUAUGGGCAGCCGGAAGAAGUUGCCGGGCUUGUUGAAUUUUUGGCUCUCAAUCCGGCGGCUGGUUACAUGACUGGACAGGUUUUUACGAAACCUGAAUCUUGUUGCAUUGUGCUUACCAUUGAUGGAGGAAUGGUGAUGUGACCAUUACCGCGUUAAGCCAGAGCUUGUGACAACAUAGAUGGGCACAAUUUAUAAUAUGGUCCCUUGCAAUCAAACAUAUUAUAGGAAUAAUUUGAGUUUGUGAAACAUGUUACAAUAUAUAAUAUCGUCUCUAUUUUACCCAUUUUAAUUAAGACUAAAUAAAACAUUUAAUAAAACCAUAUCUAGCAUGCUCAAUGCAAAGCUUAGGGAAUGUGGAAUAUUGUUGUGUUGAUCACUUGUCUUGAGAGAAUAUGAUGUAUUGGGAAAAUUAUUUAUUUUUAUUCAUUUUUGGGCAUUCAUCUUGUUAGA